GACGUGACUGACUGCCAAGCUCAUCUAACCCGAUUCUGUCCUUCAGGUAGGGGCAGCCCGUGCGUGUGCGUUGGUGGACCGUGGUUGACCGUGGUUAACCGUGAGGUGGUGAUUUCAGUGGUUCGAACCCGUCUGGCCUGAAAAUUGUCGUCCCGAUGGCGGCCAUUCGCAAGAAAUUAGUGAUUGUAGGCGAUGGCGCCUGCGGCAAGACCUGCCUCUUGAUCGUGUUCUCCAAGGAUCAAUUCCCGGAGGUGUACGUGCCCACAGUGUUUGAGAACUACGUGGCUGACAUCGAAGUGGAUGGGAAACAAGUCGAACUGGCCUUGUGGGAUACGGCCGGUCAGGAGGACUACGACCGACUCCGACCUCUCUCCUACCCGGACACGGAUGUGAUCCUGAUGUGUUUCUCGAUCGACUCGCCCGACUCACUCGAGAACAUCCCUGAGAAGUGGACGCCUGAAGUCAAACACUUCUGCCCUAAUGUGCCCAUCAUCCUCGUGGGAAACAAAAAAGACUUGCGCAAUGACCCCAAUACCAUCAAGGAACUAGGCAAGAUGAAACAAGAGCCGGUCAAGCCGGAAGAGGGUCGCACAAUGGCCGAAAAGAUCAACGCCUUCGCCUACCUCGAGUGUUCGGCCAAGAGUAAGGAGGGCGUCAGAGAAGUCUUUGAGACAGCCACCCGAGCGGCAUUACAGGUCAAGAAGAAAAAGAAGAAGCCUUGCAUUCUCUUCUAAUGUCGGAAACCAAACCCUUUUUCCUAUUCUUAUUACCUAUCUUCAUCAACAUCAACAUCCUUCAACCACAAAUACAACUACUAUACUUCUACUACUAUGGACGCGAUCUUAAUUUAGUCGCCAUUAUCAAUUGGGGAACUUUAAGGAAUAAAACAGACCCUGAGAACAACAA